GCAUGGUUACUUCCGUGUCCCUCAGGCAGUCAGGCUACUUGAAGCUUCCGUGUUUCGAAGGCUAUCGUGGCCGGAGAGCUGUGGAGAUAUGAGGUCCAUCCCCGAGGAUUUAGCUACGCUCGUCUCAGAUUUGGAAACCUUUCUGGCAGACAUCCUGAAAGGUGAGAAUUUGAGUAAGAGGGCAAAAGAGAAAAAGGAUGCUUUUAUCAAGAGGAUCAAGGAUAUCAAAGCCAGUUACCCUCAGGAUUUCAAGGAUAAACGAGAUGAAGAGUGGGAUGAUCUUGAUGAAGCAGACAGCAACAACGACGGUGGAUCGCUGCACUCAGAGCGAACGGAUAGAGAUGAAGACACAGCAUAUGAUGGAGUUCAGCAGGCACCUCCUGUGGCAGCUCAGGAUCUCCAAGCUGUCUUCAAGAGUGGCUACCUAGAGAAACGCAGAAAAGACCACAGCUUCUUUGGCACAGAAUGGCAGAAGAGAUGGUGUGCUCUAAGCAGCCGCACAUUCUAUUAUUAUGGCAGCGAGAAAGAUAAGCAGCAGAAGGGAGAUUUUAAUAUUGAUGGUUACACUGUCAAAAUGAACAACACCCUACGCAAGGAUUCUAAGAAAGACUGCUGCUUUGAGAUAUCUGCUCCGGACAAACGUGUUUACCAGUUCUGUGCUGGCUCUCAAAAAGAAGCAGAGGAGUGGGUGGAGCAGAUAGGCUUCGUGAUAAAAGAUAUGGAAGGCAUCAUUCCUUUGGAGGAAGAGGGGGAAACCUAUGAUGAUUGCUUACCUUUGAGUGCAGCAAGCAUGUCUGAACCAAUUGAUGAGGACAUCUAUGAGGAACUUCCUGAGGAUGAGAUACCUCUUCCUAAGAAACCGUUACCGCAGCCAGUCAGCAAACCCCCUGUAGCAGCACCAGUGACAGCGGCAAAUAAGAGCACAGACUACAAGAACUACUUCCAAGGUUUGUGGGACUGCAAUGGAGACCAGCCUGAUGAGCUAUCAUUCAAGAGAGGAGAUGCCAUCUACAUCCUCAGCAAGGAGUACGAUACCUUUGGCUGGUGGGUGGGGGAGAUGAGAGGUGUGAUUGGCAUAGUGCCCAAAAACUACCUGACAGAGCUGUACAUACUCUGAAGAGCUUGAAGGGCAUCUGGGUCAUCCUCUCAAGUUAUUGCAUUUCAUGUUAAUUCCUUUGUGUUCCAUGGCAGUUUUACUGCUGACUAUCUAUACAUCAACCAGACCUCAACAGCAGAGAUAAGUUUAAAACCCAUCUAUGUGAAACAUGUAAGAAUUAAGAGUUAAUUUGUUCAAAUAGGCUCUGCUGUAUUAAAACGAUUUGAAGAGAUUGUUUGCAUUCAUUUUUGUAUUUUAUAUUUAAGCAGUAUUUGUCAAAGUUAAAUGUGGUGUUGUUUAAGAAUUGUAUAAAAUAAAGUUUUGUGCCAUGUGUAAAUUUUUGAGGGUUUACUUGUUUGGCUCUGGCUGUGAAGUGUCUGUAUAAUGAAGGUUUUGUAUUUCAGCCACCAGAUGGCAGUAGAGAUUUAUUUUUUAGGAUUUCAGGCAGGCUCUUUGUUUUGAAUUCCAGAUAAAUGCCUUAAUUUAAUAAAUUUAAUAAAUUAAUAAAAACACCAGCAAAAACUUG